AUGCUCAGAGAAGUAAAACCUAAGAAUCCGCGCACGGCGCGAAUUCUCAAGGCAAAAGAACCCCAGCUCAUUGAAGGAGCCAAGCGCACACUGUUACUGCACGGUUCGAAAUGCCCGACACCGCUCCACACGGUCCUUAAAACUCUCCACUCCCUGACCCGGCCAAACUCGAUCCUGUUCCACAAGAAGAAUGAGAAUAUCCACCCGUUCGAGAGUGCAGAGAGCCUUGAGUUCUUGGCCGACAAGAACGACUGCGGUAUGGUGGUGUUCGGCAGCAGUAAUAAGAAGAGGCCGAAUUGCGUGACUAUCGCUCGGGUUUUCAAUGCCAAGCUGCUCGAUAUGUGUGAAUUAAUGUUGCUUCCCAGUCCGGAUGGAGACCAGAUUCCUUCGAUGAACAACCUUACCAUGAAUGUUGGAAUGGGAUUACGGCCGCUGUUGCUUUUCUCCGGAACCCCCUGGGAUGAUCCUACGUCGUCGGCGCAUGUUAUGCUGAAGAGCAUGUUUAUGGAUAUGUUCAAGGGCGAAACUACCGAUAAGAUUGAUGUGGAGGGCUUGCAAUAUGCGCUCAUGGUUGCGGCUGAGGAACCUACCGAGGGCUUGUCGCCUGUUAUCCAUCUGCGGUGGUACAAGAUCAAGACGAAGCGCAGUGGACAUAAGCUCCCGCGGGUGGAGUUGGAGGAGAUCGGUCCCAAGUUUGACUUCAAGGUUGGACGUAUCCAGGAGGCUCCUCGGGAUGUCAUGAAGGAGGCUAUGAAGCAAGGCAAGCGACCUAACGAGGAGAUCAAGAUGAAGAAGAACAUUGGCAUGGAUUCUAUUGGUGAUAAGAUUGGUCGUGUGCACUUGACCAAGCAAGAUCUGGGCGGAUUGCAGACGAGGAAGAUGAAGGGUCUGAAGCGGCGUGCCGGCAUGGAAUCGGAUGAGGAGGAUGCCGAUAUGAUGGAUGUGGAUGAGGUUUCGGAGGAUGAGGGACGGAAGAGGACUAAGACGGCUUAA